AUAAAUAAACAAAACAGAUGAAGAUUAGUUGGCUAUUUUUUAUAAAAGUUUUUAAAAUCAAAUCAAUUUAAAAAUAUUUAUCAGUAGUUAGCAAAAAAACAUGUUACCAUGUCGUUAUCAAUUAGAGGUGGUAUUUUGUUUCUUUUUGUCGGGAUUUUUGCAAGCUGAAGAUAGUAUUAUAGAUGAUAUUGGCGUUGUCAACAACAUUGCUCUCUUUAAAUCUACGCCAUCAGCUUUUAUUGAUAAUGGAAUAAUUAAUGUUAAAGCAAAAGAAACGUUUACAAUAAACCUGUUUGGUUUAAACCUCGACUUAAUGAUGUUAUCUUUUACUGAAGUGAAAAAGAAAAAAGGUGAAAAUUGCGAUGAUGAUCGUUUUACUUAUCCCAUUCGCUUGUAUUCAACUGAUAAUAAAAUUGUUUCGUUAUCUCAACGUUUUGAAAUGACAUCUAAAACUACUUUGUACCUAUGCUUGAAAGCAAGAAGUGUUAAUGAUACAAAAGUAAAGAACGUUACUCAAAGUGCGUGGGUUCACCAGGGUAGUGACGACUUCCUGAAAAUAGAAGUUUUGCAACCCUCUUGGGACCUUCCUUUAUGGUUAAAAGCUACUUUGUUAACAAUACUUAUGAUGCUUUCUGCAAUGUUUUCAGGACUAAAUUUAGGCCUAAUGUCAUUUGACUUAAAUGAGUUGAAGAUCAUUAGCACUAGUAGUUCUAUACAAAAUCAGAAAUAUGCAAAAAAAAUCAUACCUGUACGACGCCAUGGGAACUUCUUACUCUGCACUCUGUUGCUCGGAAAUACGUUAGUUAAUUCUACAUUUACAAUUAUACUUGAUAGCGUUACAAGUGGAAUUGUGGCUGUUGUUGGGUCUACCCUCGGCAUUGUUUUAUUAGGAGAAAUUAUCCCACAAAGCAUCUGCUCUCGGUAUGGUCUAGCGGUUGGCGCUUAUACAAUUUAUUUGACAAAACUAUUCAUGAUAAUUACGUUUCCUGUAUCGUAUCCAAUAAGCAAAAUUCUUGACCGAAUUCUUGGCAAAGAAUUGGGUAAUGUCUAUAAUAAACAGCAGUUACUUGAAAUGUUAAAACUGCAGCACGAAUAUGAUGAUUUAGAACAAGAUGAAGUUGGUAUUAUUUCUGGUGCACUAAAAUAUAGAGAAAAGAAAGUGUGUCAAGUAAUGACAGCGUUGGAAGACUGUUUUAUGCUGGAUGAAGAAGCUGUUUUAGACUUUAAAACAAUGUCAUCGAUAAUACGGUCUGGAUACAGUCGUAUUCCUAUCUUUUCAACUCAGAGAUCAAACAUUGUUGCAAUAUUGUUUGUAAAAGAUUUGGCAUUUGUAGACCCAGAUGAUUGCAUUCCAUUACUAACUGUAAUUAAAUUCUACAACCAUCCUGUGCACAAAGUAUUUGAUGACACAACACUUGACAAAAUUCUUGAAGAAUUUAAAAAAGGAACAACUCAUAUUUCCAUUGUUAUGAGAAUUAAAGAUGACGGGGAACGAGAUCCAUUUUAUGAGUGCAUAGGAAUUGUUACUUUAGAAGAUAUAAUUGAAGAAAUUAUACAAGCGGAAAUUGUAGAUGAAACAGAUGUUUAUGUUGACAAUGUUUCCGGAAAAAAAGUGCAAAGAAAGAAAUACCAAUUAAAUAACGAUUUUUCGUUAUUUUUAUCAAAUUCAAAAGAAACCAAGACAAAGAUCAGUCCACAACUUUCUUUUGCUAUCUAUCAGUUUUUAAGCACAUCUGUCAGCGGUUUUAGUGAAGAUCGAAUCUCAAAAAGUGUUCUUCAUAAAAUCAUUCAGUUUCCUGGAGUCAUUCAAGAAAAAGAGGUUAAUUACAAUAACGAGAAAGUUUUAGUGUAUUUGUACGAAAAAGAAAAACCAUGUGAUUAUUUCACCCUUAUACUUGAAGGGCGCGUAGAGGUGACUAUUGGCGUUGAACAGAUAACAUUUGAAUCCGGCCCGUUCUCAAUUUUUGGACAGGCUGCUCUUUGCGAAGAUGAGACGAGUGAUCAUUUUAUUCCUGAUUAUUCAGUAAGAGUGAUUAACAAUGUACAAUUUUUCAAAAUUAGUCGUAAAUUAUAUAACUCGUGUAGAACGGCGACUAAAAUGGAGCAGGAAAAUAAACUCAAUAACACUCUUCCAAACUACGACGAAAUAUUUAACGUACCUGCAACAGUAAUAAAAAAUAAUGCUGUAAAAGAGGAAAAAGAAAAUGUUGAACAAUUAAGCAAUUACCGUGAAAGCAACUUAAAAACGUAAAAAAAAAUUAUAAUUUUUUUUUUUUAAUUUAGCAUUUAAUUGUUUUGGUUUUUUUAUAAUUAAACUUAAAUACUUUUAUACAUUCAAAAAUAAACCAGUUUAUAAAAACGAAACAUUGUAAAAAAUUUAAAUUUUUUAAAAAACGUAGAUGAUCAUUAAGCCAUUAAGAGCUGCAUAUCAUUUAUGCUUUUACAAUACUAAACUUUAAUUAUAGUUAUACCUAAAAGCCAAAAGUGCUAUGCAAAUCUUUAUUUAAAAUCGUGACUUUUGGUAUCGAUGAAUUUGUCGUAAUAAGCAGAAUCUUUGAAUUACAACAUUGUAUUUUCGUUAUACAAUAAUACAUUAAAAAACAAUUAGAAUUA